ACCUCUGAUAAGUGUGUAACCGCUCACAUGGACUAAGACACAAGCAACACGCUCUUCUGUCAGCCGAACCAAGGAAGUGUGGAAACAUCAUUUAGUUAUUUUAACAUCUUGAAGACGAGCUGCGGAUGUUCGCUACUCUAUAAACACAUGGACAUGAAGAAAUGGACGGCAGGAACGCAGUGCGUCGCCAAAAAGGAGCACUGCAAACCUAAAGCGGGGGCGAUAACGUACCGCAAAGGCGACGUCUUGACGCUCGUGGGGCCUGGAACGAGAAAAGGAGAAUACCGAGCCAGACACAACACGACGGGAGAGGAAGGGCUGGUAUCGGGUUCAAACCUCAGGGAACGAGAAGCGCUCCGUAUCGACCCGAAACUGAGCCUCAUGCCAUGGUUUCACGGUAAGAUCUCCGGACUGCAGGCCGUGGGCAAACUCAAGCCGGCGGAGGACGGGCUGUUCCUGGUGCGCGAGUCGGUCCGGCACCCCGGAGACUUCGUGCUGUGUGUGUGCUGCAACCAGAAGGUGUUUCACUACCGCGUCAUCUUCCAGAGCAACAGACUGUCCAUCGACAACAAGGAGUUCUUCUACAACCUCAUCGACAUGAUCGAGUUCUACAGCAGAAGUCAAGGCGCUCUCGCUACGGUUCUGCUGAAGCACAAGAAGAAGGAAGGCACGAAAUCUGCCGAGACCAAGCUGUUGAAAUCCGGCUGGCUCCUGGAUCUGUCCAAGCUGACGGUGGGAGAGCUCCUGGGACAGGGAGAGUUCGGCGCCGUGUUCGAGGGAGAGUACGCCGGCCAGAGAGUCGCCGUGAAGAACAUCAAAUGUGACGUCACGGCUCAGGCUUUCCUCGAGGAGACGUCGGUUAUGACGAAUCUCCAUCAUAAGAAUCUGGUGCAGUUAUUAGGGGUGAUUCUCCACAACGGCCUUCACAUCGUCACCGAGUUAAUGACCAAGGGGAAUCUGGUGAAUUUCCUGCGCUCGCGAGGACGUUUCGCGGUCAGUGUGUGUCAGCUGCUGCGCUUCGCACUAGAUGUGUGUGAGGGUAUGGAGCACCUGGAGUGUAAGAAGCUCCUGCACCGAGACCUCGCCGGACGAAACAUCCUGGUGUCGGAGGACACCAUUGCCAAAAUCAGUGAUUUCGGUCUGGCCAAGGUCAGUUCAACGACAACCGACAACUCCAAACUCCCCGUGAAGUGGACGGCACCCGAAGCCCUGAGGAGCCAGAAGUUCUCCACUCAGUCGGACGUGUGGAGUUACGGAGUGCUUCUGUGGGAGAUCUUCUCUUUCGGCCGACAGCCGUAUCCCAAGAUGUCGGUGUGUGAGGUGAGGGAGCGUGUGGAUCAGGGAUACCGCAUGGAUCCGCCGGACGAGUGUCCGCCUCAGGUGUACUCCAUCAUGAGCUGGUGCUGGGAGAGCGACCCGAAGAAGAGGCCGGCCUUCCACAAGCUCAGAGACACGCUGGAGAAAGAGCUCGCCAGCUUCACGUCUGCUUAGACACACUCAACCUGUUACUCAGCACACUUUAUAUUUAUGUUUCUUUGUUUCAUCGAUUCAAAAUCAUAAGACGAAUUAUACUUUAAAGGAACACUCCGACUUUUUGGGGACUUUGGCUUGUUCACCGUAUCCCUAAGAGUUAGAUAAGUCCAUACACACCUUUUUCAUCUCCGUGCGUGCUGUAACUCUAUCUGACGCUAGCUUAGCUUAGC